AUGUUAUAUGAAGAAAUUUCAACUGAUGAUAAUGAAUUAAAUAAAGCAUUACUACCAAAUAAUAAUGAAUCAUUAUAUGAAGCAAUAUCAGAUGAUGAUAAUGAACCAAAUCCUGCAUUACCGCCAAAUUAUAAUGAUUUACGUGUCAACAACCAUGAUAUGGUUGAUGAUGCCAGUGAUUAUGAACAACAACAACAAUCUUUAACCAAGAAACGUCAAUUACAUAGUCGAACACAAUCAGCUGAAGCUCGAAAACGACGAAAUCGAAAAAAAAACUUUAUUUUCGAAUGCAACGUUAUAGUUCGAUAUAUUCUUGCUGAAUACAAUAUUUAUUAUACUCAUGUCAAACCAAUUGAUGAUUUAUUACUUAUUGGUGUAAAUGACAAAAUAAUUGAACAAAAAAAUGAACGAAGAUUACUCGGUGAUAUAUUUGAUCGACGUCCAUAUUACUUGUUUCGUCGUCAAGCUCAAUAG